UUCUUUGCUAUUAUAAUUAUCCGAAUAACAAGAUUUUAUUCAUAACAAACAAAUUAACACUAAUUUCAUUAAAUAUCAUGGCACAAAAUGUUAAGCCACAUGAACCAAAGACACAGUCAUUUAAUCUUUUGAGUGGUAAUUCAAUACCAGCUAUUGGAUUAGGCACAUGGAAAUCUGGUUCACAAGCCAUCAAUUCUGUUUUCACAGCCAUUGUUGAGGCUGGUUACAGACACGUUGACACUGCUGCUCAGUAUGGAGUUCAAGAAGAGGUUGGACAUGCACUUCAAUCUGCCAUACAAGCAGGAGUGGAAAGGAAGGAUCUAUUUAUUACCUCCAAGAUAUGGUGCACUGACUUGACCCCUGAAAGGGUAAGACCUGCCCUCAACAAUACCCUUCAAGAACUCCAACUUGACUACCUUGAUCUAUACUUGAUUCACUGGCCAUUUAGGUUGAAAGAUGGGGCCAGCAGGCCACCUAAAGCAGGAGAAGUGAUGGAAUUUGACAUGGAAGGAGUGUGGAGAGAAAUGGAGAAGCUUGUCAAGGAAAAUCUUGUCAAAGACAUUGGAAUAUGUAAUUUCACUCUUACUAAACUUGACAAGCUACUUAAUGUUGCUCAAAUAUUGCCUUCUGUUUGCCAGAUGGAGAUGCAUCCUGGAUGGAGAAAUGAUAAGAUGCUAGAGGCAUGCAAGAACAAUGGCAUCCAUGUUACUGCCUAUUCACCACUUGGAUCAUCAGAUGGUGGGAGAGAUUUGAUCCAUGAUCAAACGGUUGAUAGGAUAGCCAAGAAACUGAACAAGAGUCCAGGGCAGGUGUUAGUGAAGUGGGCCAUUCAGAGAGGGACAAGUGUCAUCCCUAAAUCAACUAAUUCAGAUAGGAUCAAAGAGAAUGUGGUUGUUUUCAACUGGCAAGUUCCAGAACAAGACUUCAAAAACCUUAGCAACAUACAAGAUCAGAGGAGAGUUCUGGAUGGUGAAGAGCUCUUUGUGAACAAAAAUGAUGGACCAUUCAAGAGUGUAGCAGAUAUCUGGGACCAUGAAGAUUAGCCAACACUUGCAUAAAGCUACUUUGUUUAUCUUUUUAAUUUGCAAGUUACUAAGUAGAAUUAGAUUAAUGUACUAGUAGUUUAUAAAAAUGGGUUAAGCUAUAGCUUGUACACAUACAUCAAGGUGCAAGAACUUUGUAACCACAUAUUUCUAAUGCAUAAAUUGUUGUAGCUGCUUCAUCACUGGUUCA